GCCGCUGCCGCCGCCGCCGUCCUUCUAGCAGCGCGGGCAGGUCGGACCGCCAAGGCAGUCGGCGCCCGGCGAUGGGAAGCGGCGCGGCCGCGGACCUAGGCUGUGGCAAAGUUUCCCAGACGUGCGUAUCAGGGCGCGCGGCUGCAGACCACCCGCGACUGCUCCGAGAAGGGCUCGGAGAUUUUUAAUUUGGAAGAAAAAAUCCACCUCAUUUCCUUUGUCAAGCCCUCUCUCCGGGCUUCCAGCGGCGGGAGCUCCAAACUUGGGCACCGCGGCUCCACCGCCAGCGGUCCGGGCUUUGGAGAACGUCGGGACUCAGGUGCUCGGGCGCCCGGCGGCCGGAGGCGUGCUAGGGGGUGUGAGCGCAGCACAGGGGAGUCCGGGGUGCGCAAAGAGGAGGGGCCCCCGGGAGCUCUAUAUGGAGGAGGGAGCCCAGAAUGGUGUGCACCAGGAAGACCAAAACUUUGGUGUCCACUUGCGUGAUCCUGAGCGGCAUGACCAACAUCAUUUGUCUGCUCUACGUGGGCUGGGUCACCAACUACAUCGCCAGCGUGUAUGUGCGGGGACAGGAGCCGGCACCCGACAAGAAGCUGGAGGAAGACAAAGGGGACACCCUGAAGAUUAUUGAACGGCUGGACCACCUGGAGAAUGUCAUCAAGCAGCAUAUCCAAGAGGCCCCCGCCAAACCUGAGGAGGCAGAGGCUGAGCCCUUCACAGACUCCUCUCUGUUUGCACACUGGGGCCAGGAGCUCAGCCCCGAAGGCCGGCGUGUGGCCCUGAAGCAGUUCCAGUACUACGGCUACAAUGCCUACCUCAGUGACCGCCUACCCCUCGACCGGCCCCUGCCUGACCUCAGACCCAGUGGGUGCCGCAACCUCUCUUUCCCCAGCAGCCUCCCAGAGGUGAGCGUCGUGUUCAUCUUCGUCAACGAAGCACUCUCCGUGCUGCUGCGCUCCAUCCGCUCAGCCAUGGAGCGCACACCUCCGCACCUGCUCAAGGAGAUCAUCCUGGUGGACGACAACAGCAGUAACGAGGAGCUGAAGGAGAAGCUGUCAGAGUACGUGGACAAGGUGAACGGCCAGAAGCCAGGCUUCAUCAAGGUUGUGCGGCACAGCAAGCAGGAAGGCCUUAUCCGCUCCAGGGUCAGUGGUUGGAGGGCCGCCACUGCCCCCGUAGUGGCACUCUUUGAUGCCCACGUGGAGUUCAACGUGGGCUGGGCUGAACCCGUGCUCACCCGCAUUAAGGAGAACCGGAAACGGAUCAUCUCGCCAUCCUUUGACAACAUCAAAUACGACAACUUUGAGAUAGAAGAGUACCCGCUGGCCGCUCAGGGCUUUGACUGGGAGCUGUGGUGCCGCUACCUAAACCCCCCUAAGGCCUGGUGGAAACUGGAGAACUCCACGGCCCCAAUCAGGAGCCCUGCCCUCAUUGGCUGCUUCAUUGUGGACCGGCAGUACUUCCAGGAGAUCGGCUUACUGGAUGAAGGCAUGGAGGUCUAUGGAGGCGAGAACGUCGAGCUGGGGAUCAGGGUGUGGCAGUGUGGCGGGAGCGUAGAGGUCCUGCCCUGCUCGCGGAUUGCCCACAUUGAGCGAGCCCACAAGCCCUACACCGAGGACCUCACCGCCCAUGUGCGCAGGAACGCCCUCAGGGUGGCUGAAGUCUGGAUGGACGAAUUUAAAAGCCAUGUGUACAUGGCAUGGAACAUACCCCAAGAGGACUCAGGAAUUGACAUCGGGGACAUCACUGCAAGGAAGGCUCUGAGGAAACAGCUGCAGUGCAAGACCUUCCGGUGGUACCUGGUCAGCGUGUACCCAGAGAUGAGGAUGUACUCAGACAUCAUUGCCUAUGGGGUGCUGCAGAACUCUCUGAAGACUGAUUUGUGUCUUGAUCAGGGUCCAGACACAGAGAAUAUUCCUAUCUUGUACAUCUGCCACGGGAUGACACCCCAGAACGUGUACUACACGAGCAGUCAGCAGAUCCAAGUGGGCAUCCUGAGCCCCACGGUUGACGACGACGACAACCGGUGCCUGGUGGACGUCAACAGCCGGCCGCGGCUCAUCGAAUGCAGCUAUGCCAAAGCCAAGAGGAUGAAGCUCCACUGGCAGUUCUCGCAGCGAUAAAGGGGUUGCCCAUCAGCCCUUCCGCUCAUCCUCCAGUCAUCAGGACGGAAGUUACGAUCUGGCCCUGGAGACGAUGGAACCAGAAGGGCAGAGCAGCUUUGCCCCAGGCCACACAGUCGGCAACCAGCAAAGCAUCCUCAUCCAGCCCUCUCCCCUUUCUGUCUCACCACCCGAAUCGCCAGCAGACCUUGUGAGUUAGAGAGCUGGGCUGGUGUCAUGCCCACCCUCCCUGAACUCUACUCCAGCGUCGUAGGGUAGGGCACACGACCAGGCUGCCAGGGAUAUGGGAGGGUCAGGGGCGGCUGGCCCCAGGCCCACAGAGGAAGCACCGGUGACACGGCCCAGCCUGGGUGUGGGCGGCAGAGUGCUCAGGCCACAGAAACCUGGGCCUGGCAAAGCGACAGGCUGGCCUUGCUGAGAGCAAGCGUCACAAGGGAUGCCUCUGGGUUCAAAAGUCCAGGCUUUGAGGGACAGAGUGAGGACCCAAGGAGGACCACGGCUUCGGAGGGGACGACUUGAGGCUGGCCUCCACAGUCAUCCCACUGGGGUUCCGGAGCGUGACGCGGCCACCAAAAGUGCAGAUUCCUUGGCUAUGUCGAAGGAGCCUCUUGUCCAGUGGAGAUGAGGUGGUGGUCAGUUCUGAGUGAUACAGAACGACUGGAGUUUGUCCAAAGGAGGGCAACCAGGAUGGAAAAAUGAAACCAGACUGUCCCACAAGGAACUGGGAAAGUUUCGCCUGGUAGAGCAUGGAACUGGGCGGCCGUGGGCCUCACCUUCCCCUGGGGGAAGGGACGAGGUGGAGAGGCGGGAUCCGACCCCCAUGUGGAAACCCGAGGGCACAGUCUGGAACCUCUUGCUGGAUGCCCCCCAGACAAGGAUUUCAGUGGAGGACAACGCUCCAGAGGUGGAGCGGCCCGGGAGAGGGAGCUCAGCCUGGAGGGCUCAGCCAGCUGGUAGGCGAGAACGAGACGGUCGGCCUCCCAUGUCUCUUCCAACACGGGGACUCUGGGGGGCCUUUCGGAGCCCUUGCCCAGUGGCCAGUCGUCCCUCUGUCCCCUCUGGGCCUGAGCCUGCAGGCUUCUCUCUGGCUGCACCUGUGGGCCCCAGGCGAGCUGCCUUUGCUGUGCUGUGUCUCUGCUCUUGUGUUCUCCUCAGGGGAAGCGCUGGGGGUCGGGGCGCAGCGGGAGGCCCUGCUUUACUCACUCGAAUGCUUCUGAGGAGGUUUGCGGUCCCCCGGGCCAUGCCGCACACAUGGGAAAUGCGGAAUCCCACACCCGCUCCCCGACACACACAUCAGUACACUCCUGACCCCUCUGCCACCCUGCCUCCUUCACCCACUGUUCAAAGGCCCUUCUGAGGGAGCUGGAUUUCUGUUUUAAAUUUUUUUAGCUGAAGAAUAACCCAUACACGUAUAGGAACAUGGAAACGUGUACCAAAAUAAUUUUAAACAAUAAUAACUCAGUAAUUUAAAACAAAGCCAACACCUGUGUACCCACCACCCAGGUCAGGAAAUAGCACACUCCCAACCCCCCAGAAGCACCCCUUUGCCUCCUGUCAAUCAUUUUCCCACUCCCUCCUGCCCAAGAUACCCAUCCCCCCCAGCUCCUGACUCUUAAGUCUAUGGUCUUAUUUUGCCUGUUUGGAAAGUUUAUGUAAGUAGAACUGUGUAUGUGCCCUUUGGCUCCUUUUGCUAACAUUGUAUUUGUGGGAUUCCUCCUUACUGAGCAGAGCUCUGGUUUGCUCAUUUUUAGUGCUGAGUAGUAUCCCAUUAUGUGAAUAACCACAAGUUAUUUAUCCAUUCUACUGCUGAUGGACGUUUGCGUUGUUUCCAGGUUGGAGCUUUUACAAAUCCUGUUUCAGAACCGGUGCAAACAGUUCUGCCGGAUACCCACCGGGGCAUGGGGUCGGUGGGUCGCAGGGCUCAGCGGCGGGAGAGGCUGCCAGUUUCCCAGGCAGCUGUGAGAAUUGAACCUCAAUGUUCUCUUGAGGUGUCAGUGGUCACCAUGGGGACAGCGGUGGCCGGCUGGGGAUGACUUCCUUACAGAAGAGGUGUGCGUCCCCCUCUCUCACAGAGUGCUGUUCGCUGGGAUGGGCACGGGGGGCAGCUGGAGGGUGGGCUGCAGAGUCCUGCUUCUGGAGGGGAAAGGGGGGUCAGCUAGGAGGCUGGUGCAGUUGUCCAGGUGACAGAAGACAGUGGGCCAAACCAGGGCAGGUGUGAUGGGAUGGGGAUGAAGGCACAAGGCAUGAGGGAGGUGGAACUGGCAGGACUUGGUGCCUCAUCAGAUGGUGGGGAGAAAGCGGAGGCAUCAGUGGAAAUGCCUGGUCAUUGCUGAGAUGGGAAACACAGGAGGAGUAGAUUCUGGGGAAAAGGUGAGUUUGACCAUACACUCAAGGACCAUUAAGCUACAGGGGGCCCACUUCUAAGAACCUGCCUGCUUGGGAGGCCAGAGCCCAGUUGAGCAGCACAUCUUUGGUGGAACUCAGAGACACUCACACAGUCUGAGCUGAUGCCCAAGUGACAACCAGUAGCCCCAGACUGUCUAAGGCCUGCAAGGAUCUCACUAAAAGCAAAAAUUGGGGGUUUCUUCUUUGCUGCUGUGGGGCUGCUUUGAGAAGCAGAACCCCUCUUCUUUCAAGGGGCUUUGAGCAUAAACUGAGUAUGCAUGGCUACAGAACCUUCUGGGACGUCAGUAGCAUGGAGGGAAACCAUGCAUAUCCAGGGCUAAGGGAGCCCAGUGCCCUACGAUAGUAUCUAGGAGCCUGGGUUUGGUUGAGGCCAGCACUGAUGACUCCAGAGGUCCAGUUGGGGGCAAGGACCCUAAAAGCAGGAGGUCGUGGGCCUCUGGCAAUGCUCAAAUUCAGGCCAAUCAUGGGGUGGUCCCAAGGAACUAGGAUUUUCAGAACGGGGCCCCAGCCCGUGGUUAUGGGGAGCAGGACCCAGCCCCUGGGGUAGGAGCUGUAGGAGCGGACCAGCAUGCCACACCCCAGCCAGGUAGACGGAAGCUGGGGUGGAGCGUCUCUGUCCUCUGUCCUAGCAAAGAACUAGGGCCCUGUGAAGAAAACAGAGGCACAAGUUCAGUCUCAGGGAGCAGACCAGCACUUCGAGACAGGGAUCCUCGGGCUUCGUGGGAGUGCUGACCCCAGACCUCCCGCAGCCUCACAGGAGCCCAGACAUCUGCACCUACAAGGAAUCCCCGCCAGCCACUAGGCCUGAGGCUCCCCCAUGCCCUCUGACCCCGCUUUCCGCCCUGGC